AUGACAUCGGUGUAUGUACUCAUUCAUAUAUGCCUGUGUGUUUUACGUAUAUACUCAGAGCUGAACACUUAUAUAUUUAUUAUUUUGAUUGCUUCAGUGAAUGUAUUCAUAUGUGCUUAUGUGUUUAUGUAUGAACAUUUAUAUAUCCGUUACUUUUAUUGCAUCAGUAUAUAUUUUCAUGCAUAUUUGUGUGUUUAUACAUGUGGAAAAACGAUGAUCCAUAUAUCUAUUUCUUUUAUUACAUCAAUGUAUAAUAAACAUCUAUAUAUCUAUUAUUUUUAUUGCAUCAAUGUAUGUAUGUUCAUAUUAAUGUCAAUAUUACUAUGGGUUUUUAUAUGUAUGGAAACGAAUCAUUUAUAUAUCUUAUAUGUUUAUAUAUAUUCAUGCAUACUGAUUACAUCAUAUAUGUAUAUACUGUUUGUUUAUAUAUGUACUAAGAUGAACAUUUAUAUAUCUAUUGCUUUUAUUACAUCAGUAUAUAUAUUCAUGCAUACUUAUGUGUUUAUAUAUGUAGAAAAACGAAGAUCCAUAUAUCUAUUACUUUUAAUCAGUGUAUGUAUUCAGACGUGA